AAUGAUUUUUGCGAAAUUAUUGCAUACGCACGUUUUCGCUUGCCUUAUUCGGCAAGAAGAGCGUUGCUACUUAAACCAAAAUCGCAAGUUUUACCUAUUCGGCACUACACACGCAUACACAGAUUAAUUAACUUUUCACCACCGCCACACUCACUGACCUUCCUCUCUGCCCUCACACCAGAGUUCCCUAUACUCGACUGGAGUAUUCGGUGGGACGACCACCUGCGGGUGUGCUUUAGCCAGCCUGCAGGAGCCGCAAGCUACGAACUGGGACUACAGAAGGGUGUCCAGCACCUAGAGACCACCUCCCAAGCACCGAUCGACACCCAAGACGCAGUUGAGACCUGUGUACUCAGCACUGAAACCAUUGACGUGGGGGCUUACAUUGACUUGUGGAUGCUAGUCACCGCCUAUGACUUCGAUGGCAAUAUCAUAGCCUCAGGGGAGCACACCUGGAGCGCCAUCUUCCUGAGCUCAGGAUAUAGAGUCCAGGCAGCCAUUAAGGACUCCAACAUCAUCGCCACCUGGCAUUUGAUCGACGAUGUCUCGACCAUCGACAACUUCAACGUCAUCCUGCGCUCUGUCGAUAGCGAAAGUACCGUCACAGUGUCGAGCGAGAUGUCAACGUACGUGCUAAACUCAGUAGCGCCAGGGACGUACGCGGUGUGCGUGAAUGCCUUGAAGCAGCUGUCCAAGACAGAAUCUGUGCAGAGCGAAGAAGUGUGUAGCGACAUCUUGGUCGUCUCUGACACUAGUAAGUACAUUUAUGCUAUGUUGUACCUACAAAUUGAACAAGACACAAGCGCACCACUUCGGUAUAUUUAUAAGAACAUGGAGGAACACUGCAGCAGGCCUACUGACCCAUACAAGGCAAAUCCUUUUCAAAACCACCCACGAUUUCUCCAACCUUCCCCCAAAUCUACCUAAGAAUUUGUUUCAGGU